AUGGAUCCACGCCAACACGAUGGCCGCUCGCCUUCUCCAGGUCGCCCCUUGCAAAGCUACCAGCUUGAAGACCGUCCUUAUAUGCCUCAAGAACCUCCACUAGAGAUCCCCAUGGGUCCUGGGACGCCUGGGGAUAGGUUACAGGUACAGCCAACAUAUUCAGUCGAGAAUGUCAGCAACACAUACGGUCAUAACGAGCAAUAUAAUGACGACCACCACUACUCACCUCACCAAUACCGCCCGAAUAACGACUACGCCCUCUCACCCGAAGAGCACCACGAUGCUUAUUACAAUCAGUCUUACAAUCCCGCGCCGCAUGGGGGCGAUCCUUAUUGGCAGGACGAUGAUCACCGUCCUAUGUUGCAACCAGACAACGCAUACGGGCCUGAUCCUCAUUCAGGACUGAGUCCUCAUGAUCACCCAGAAAAUCCAUUUCAGGAUGAGCCACGUCCUACACCAAGUCCGGCGCCGAUCAAGAGAUGGAAGACGGUCAAAGAGGUGCAACUGUUCAAGGGCAACCUUGUGCUCGACUGUCCGAUUCCACCAAGACUGCUCAAUCAAGUUGAACAUGCGCAACCUCCCGAGCGUGACGAGUUUACUCACAUGAGAUACUCUGCUGCGACGUGUGACCCAGCCGACUUCUACAACGAACGUUUUACUUUACGCCAGAAACUGUUUGCCAAACCCCGCCACACCGAGCUAUUCAUCGUUAUAACCAUGUACAACGAAGAGGACGAACUCUUCGCACGGACUAUGAUGGGUGUGAUAAAGAACGUGGAGCAUAUGAAUUCGCGCAAUCAGAGUAAGACUUGGGGUAAAGAUUCUUGGAAGAAGAUUGUGGUAUGUGUCGUAAGCGACGGUCGUGCGAAGAUAAACCCUCGCACUCGUGCUCUUUUGGCUGCUAUGGGUGUAUACCAAGACGGUAUUGCCAAGGAGGCUGUGAACGGCAAGGCAGUGACAGCGCAUAUCUACGAAUACACGACGCAGAUGAACCUGGAGAUCAAGAAGGGCAUAGUUAACGUCAAGAAGGGGAACACACCCGUGCAGAUGCUAUUCUGCUUGAAAGAGAUAAACCAGAAGAAAAUCAAUUCGCAUCGCUGGUUCUUCCAGGCAUUUGGUAGUGUUCUGGACCCGAAUAUCUGUGUCCUGAUCGAUGCUGGUACCAAGCCAGGAAAGGACUCAAUUUACCACCUCUGGAAGGCUUUCGAUUUAGAGCCAAUGUGCGCGGGCGCCUGCGGUGAGAUCAAGGCUAUGCUAGAGCACGGCAAAAAGCUACUCAAUCCUCUUGUCGCGACACAGAAUUUCGAAUACAAGAUGAGCAAUAUUCUUGACAAGCCUUUGGAGUCAGCUUUUGGGUUCAUCUCCGUUCUUCCGGGAGCUUUCUCAGCAUAUCGCUAUGUGGCUCUGCAAAAUGACAAAAGUGGAAAUGGCCCACUCGAGAAGUAUUUUGCGGGCGAGAAGAUGCACGGUGCGAAUGCUGGUGUAUUCACAGCCAAUAUGUAUCUGGCAGAAGAUAGAAUUCUGUGUUUUGAGCUGGUAUCGAAGCGCAAUUGCCACUGGAUCCUACAGUAUGUCAAAUCGGCUACGGGUGAAACGGACGUCCCGACAGAGAUGGCCGACUUCAUCCUUCAGCGUCGACGAUGGUUGAAUGGUAGUUUCUUUGCUGCAGUAUACGCUCUUGCCCAUGCCCUUCAAAUAUUCAGGAGUGGCCACUCCUUCCUCAGGAAGAUGAUGUUCUUGGUAGAAUUUUUCUAUCAAACCGUUAGCAUGAUCUUUGCUUGGUUUGCAAUUGGUAAUUUUUUCUUGGUAUUCCACAUCCUAACCAACUCUCUCGGUGACGAUGCGUUUUUGGGCACUGCCGGCCGCAUAUUGGCUGUUAUCUUUGAAUGGACUUACAUCGCUGUCCUCAUAACUUGCUUCAUACUGGCCCUCGGUAACAGACCUCAAGGGUCUAACAAGCUUUAUAUGAGCAUGGUGUACUUCUGGGUCAUCAUCAUGGCCUAUCUCAUGUUCGCGUCGAUCUUCAUAACCGUAAGAUCCAUUCAAGAGGAAACCAAGGAUGGCAGUUUCAAGUUCGGUGACAUCUUCACGAACCCUUUAUUCUACACUCUAAUCGUCUCCCUUCUGUCGACCUACGUCCUCUACCUGCUCGUAUCCUUUAUAUUCUUCGACCCGUGGCAUAUGUUCACAUCAUUCUUCCAGUACCUGCUCCUGACGCCAACUUAUAUAAACAUCCUGAACGUCUACGCAUUCUGUAACACCCACGAUAUCUCAUGGGGUACUAAAGGCGAUGAUAAAGCGGAAAAACUACCGUCAGUCACGGUCAAGGCGGAUGGUAAAGCAGAUAUCUCUGCACCUACAGAUGAUGCUGAUCUCAACUCUCAAUACGAGAAGGAAUUAAGACAAUUUGCAACAAAGUAUGAGGCCCCCAAGAAGAUCCCGACGCCCCAAGAUAAGCAAGAGGAUUACUACAAGGGUUUCCGUUCAGUUGUUGUUUUGUUGUGGAUGUUCUGCAACUUAGCUCUCUGUGCUGUUGUCCUUCAAACAGGGGGCUUAGAGAUUACUGUGUCAACCGGGGAAGACGCAGAUGCAGCUCAACAGAGGAAGGCCACGCUCUAUCUUGCCGUUAUUCUUUGGAGUGUAGCAGGCCUCAGCGCCUUCAGAUUCAUCGGUGCCAUGUGGUUUUUAAUCGUUAGGAUGGUAAGCUACACAAUCGGAACACUCGGGAAUUUUUCACUAACCUAG